ACCGUCUUGUCUAAAAGCGUUUUUUAACACGGAAAGUCAAAAUGGCGACAUACAUUCGGGCAUGUCAGUUUCGCAAGCAAAUUCAGAAUUUUAAGUGUUUUCACAAUGCCGAUAGACGGUUGCUGGUAAAUUCAAGUGCUUUAAGAGACCAUAAUUAUACAUGUCAUUCUUGCUUACAAACUUCGAAUAGGACUGAUUUGUUGCAAAUAAAACAUCCGGAAAGGUUGUUGCGUCAGUUUCAUAACCGAUCAAGAACGUUAACUUCAACCUUUUCGAGAAAAGAUCCCACAACAAAUGUUUAUCAAAAUAAUUUAUUCGCAAGAUUUCACAAUGGGAGGAUACCAUUCAACGAGACACGGGUCUUCUAUAGUUCAAGGGCAGCAUCUGCUGACAGCCCUGGGUCUGAUGGGGAUGGGGAUGACAAAGGGGACAGCAAACCAGAUGACACACCCACAGAACAGGAGGGGGUAGAGGUGCAGACGUCUGUCACCUACCCAAUGUCAGCACUCACUACCACUACUAUACCAGACUACUUUCCAAACAUACCUGUCAUUGCAAUCAACAGAAACCCAGUGUUCCCAAGAUUUGUAAAGCUGAUUGAGGUAAAUGACAAAAAGCUUGUCGAUCUGAUCAAGCGCAAAGUAAAGCUGAACCUGCCUUAUGCUGGAAUAUUUCUAAAGACCAAUGACAGCCAUGACAAAGACGUGGUGGAGAGUCUUUCAGAUUUGCACAAGGUGGGUAUGUUUGUGCAGAUCAAGGAGAUGAGGGAGCUGCAGGACCGGCUCCAGAUGUGGGUGGAGGGGCACCGCAGGAUAUCUAUAGUUCGACAACUACCAGAAGAGGUGGAGCUGCAAAAUGAUAUGGCUGCUCUCACCAAUCACCUAGGUGAGCAGAUCUCUAAGAAGAAGGGAGCACGCAAGUCUCGCAAAGAGCGCAGGCUGGAAAAGGUCAAUGGUGGCAAUGGUGGACAUGUUGACGUGCAGCCAGAAGCAGCUGCAGGCAUGACAGAGGAGUCCUCAGCCAGGGAGGGCAUGCUGAACACUACCAUCAUGUCUGAUGUGCUGAUGGUGGAAACAGAAAACACUCCAGAUGAACCAUUUACAUCUGAUAUGAAACUGAAGGCUUUGACAGCAGAGGUGGUGAAGACAAUCAAAGACAUCAUGGCUCUCAAUCCUCUAUACAGGGAACAUCUAUAUCACAUCAUCCAGGGCCAGAGAGUGCUGGACAACCCAGUGUUUAUAUGUGACGUUGGUGCGGCGGUGACCACAGCAGAUCCUGAGCAGAUACAGCAAGUCAUUGAAGAGACGAAUAUCCCUGCGAGACUGGAGCUGGUGCUGUCCUUGCUGAAGAAGGAGUUUGAGCUCAGUAAACUGCAGAAGAAGAUUGGACAGGAGGUAGAGGAGAAGGUUAAAAAGCAGCAUCGUGAGUACAUCCUGCGAGAGCAGCUCAAGAUCAUCAAGAAGGAGCUGGGCAUAGAGAAGGAUGACAAGGACGCCAUCGAGGAGAAGUUCAGGGACAGGCUCAAGGGCCUGGUUGUACCGGAGCAUGUAAAGACUGUGAUUGAUGAGGAACUGAACAAGCUUGGCACCCUUGACAACCACUCGUCUGAGUUCAGUGUGACGCGUAACUACCUAGACUGGCUGACAUGCCUGCCGUGGGGCAAGUACAGCAGUGAGAACCUGGACCUGGCGCGUGCCACUCAGAUACUGGAGGAGGACCACUAUGGCAUGGAGGACGUGAAGAAGAGGAUCCUGGAGUUCAUAGCUGUGAGCCAGCUGAAAGGUUCCACCCAGGGCAAGAUCCUGUGUUUCCAUGGACCUCCAGGCGUGGGGAAAACCAGCAUAGCCCGCUCCAUAGCCAGGGCUCUCAACAGACAGUAUUUCAGGUUCAGUGUUGGUGGCAUGUCAGAUGUAGCUGAGAUCAAGGGACACAGGCGUACGUAUGUGGGAGCCAUGCCUGGAAAGAUGAUACAGUGCCUCAAGAAGACCAAGACAGAGAAUCCCUUGGUGCUCAUAGAUGAGGUGGACAAGAUGUCAAGAGGCCACCAAGGGGACCCGGCAUCUGCCCUGCUAGAGCUGCUGGACCCGGAACAGAAUGCCAACUUCCUGGACCACUACCUUGACGUGAACAUGGAUCUCUCCAAGGUGCUGUUUAUCUGCACUGCCAAUGUGGUGGACAUGAUUCCUGAGCCUCUCAAGGACCGCAUGGAGCUUAUAGACGUGUCAGGCUAUGUGGCAGAGGAGAAACUGGCCAUAGCAGAGAAGUACUUGUUGCCCCAGGCGCGGGAGCACUCGGGCGUUAAGCCUGAGCAGGUGCACCUGGCCAAGGAGGCCUUGACUGAGCUCAUCAAGAGCUACUGUCGGGAGAGCGGUGUACGCAACCUUCAGAAACAUGUGGAAAAGAUUCUACGUAAGGCUGCUCUGAAGAUCGUGUCAGAGGGUGUGGAGAGGGUGGAGGUGACUCCUAGCAACCUGUAUGACUUUGUGGGCAUCCCCAAAUUCACCCGGGAGAGAAUGUACGACGUUAACCCACCUGGGGUGGUCACAGGCUUGGCAUGGACAGCUUUUGGAGGAUCCACGUUGUACAUUGAGACCGUGGUGAAGAAGGCCCUUGACCUAGAUACAGACUCCAAGGAGAAGGGCGACCUGCAGGUCACUGGUAACCUAGGAGACGUGAUAAAGGAGAGUGUCCAGCUGGCGUACACAUACUCUAAGCUGUUCCUGAGACGUGUUGACGAUAGCAGCCAGUUUCUGGAGAAAGCACAUAUACAUCUCCACCUCCCAGAGGGUGCCACUCCCAAGGACGGGCCAAGUGCUGGGUGUGCCAUUGUAACUGCCCUCCUGUCUCUGGCCUUGAACAAAUCCACCCGCCAAAAUGUGGCAAUGACAGGAGAAAUCUCACUCACGGGCAAAGUGCUCCCUAUUGGGGGAGUGAAAGAAAAAGUUAUUGCUGCUCGCAGGUCAGGCAUGGAGUGUGUGAUCCUGCCAGAAGACAACCGCAAGGACUUCUCAGAUCUGCCUGACUACAUUGUUAAAGACCUGGAGGUGCACUUCGCAGCACACUACUCGGAUGUCUUUUCUGUCAUGUUCCCAGACAUUCAGUUUAAAUCCUCUAGCUGAAAUUAAGCUAACAAUUUAGCAUGGGUGUCUAACCAACCGGUGGAUAUCAGUAAAUAACUUAAGUUUGCCUUGACCAAUUUUGGUGAACAAUUUUAUACAUCAUGCUUGAAUUGAGACCUUGCUAGGGCUUGUCUUUUGGCUAGUCAGGUAAAGGGGAAGGCAAAUGUUAAUAAGAUGUAAAAAUGUUCCUGUUUAAUAACUUGUGCUCGGUUUGAGGUAUUGCUAAAUAAUUAUUCCAUUGUUGAAAAACUGGUAUCUAGCUAUUGCCAUGUUGGUGUGUAAAUAAAUCAAUGCUUUAUUCACUUCCAUCAUAUUGCAAACGCUUAAUACUGGCAACAUUGAGAUUUAAGUCAGAUAUUUAUUUUGUUUCCAAGGUAUUGAACAAGAUGUGUUUAGUGUGUUUAGCUCACUUUAGCACAAAGUGCUCAUUGGGAUCUCGUUGGAUACCUUAUUGUCUAUCAUUUUGUGGACCCUUUUUUCGAACGACCUGGCAUAUUUUAAUGAAACUUUACAGAAAUGAUCCUUGGAUUACCCUCUUUCAAAGUUGUUCAAAGAAUUGUGUGUUUUACAUUUCUUAUUAAAAUAGAUACAUGUAUUUUAAAUGAAAACUUCAAAAAGCUUAUGGGUAACAUUGGUAAGAGCUAUAACAUUUGGCUUGGAAAAUCUGCAAGUGGUCCUUUCUUUUGUUGAAAUAAUUAUGUUUGUUUCAAAAUGUUCACAAACCCCCCAGAGUCAUAAGAUUGAUAUAAACUUGUAUAGCUAAAUGACUAAUCAAAUACAACAAGGCCAAGAAUUGGAAUAGUUGGCAUGUAACAUCUUUACCACGUUUGUUAAAAUUAAGCCCCUUAGGUUACCAGUAUUUCCCUUUGUUGUAUAUAGUGAGCACUUCAAAAUCUUCUGUAAAAUAGGAGAGCCCAGAGUUGCAAUAUUUGGGAUGUACCAUUUUAUGGCGGUCCACUACCAAGUUUGUUCAAAUUAUUCUCCUGGAUUUGAUAUUGGCCCCACCCUAUAGCGAUCACAUUUCCCUUAUUUUUAAAUAUUGAAUAUAAAUAUUGAACACUUACAAGAUCUUCUCUGAAACAAAUAGGUUCAGUAUUUGCCAUUAAAAUCAUAUUGUGGUUCUUGACACAAAACUGCUCCCUCCUCUUGUUUCCAUUAUAUGUAUACAUGUAUAGUGAAAAUCUGCACACAAAAAUAUCCUCUGAUAUCAGAAGGCACGGAGAAGUUUGUUAAAAUCAUGCCCAAGGGGCUAAAAUUGGCCAUGCCAUGGGGAUUACUUGUUCCCUUAAAUGUAAUUGAAAUUUGUCAUAUAUCAUCUUGGGGUAGCCCUCUACAAAGUUGACUUAAAUAGUUCACGUGGGGCCUAAAUUGGCCCCACCCUUGUUUUUAUAACAUAAUUGCCAAGUUUGAAAGUUUUUGUGGCGCGUCAAAAACAUGGCAAUGCCGGAAUGCAAGUUUCGUUAUAUGGCUACAGUGAAACAUUGUAAACACUAGACGUACCUUUUUGUCCAAUGUUCAUGAAAGAUGCUUAGAUUUUUUUUUCAGCCAACUACGAAAAUGGUUUAUGAAACAUCAGAGAAUAAGCUUUGAACAGUUCAGUUUACCCCUAAGUUUAGGGCGAGCAACCUUAGGCGAAUUACGUUGUUUAUUUAUAUAUUUGGAUAUUUUUGUCAGUGUUUAUAAGCUUGUUGUAAAGAAUUAUGUAGUGUUGUAUUGUUUUUCAUUAUAUUAUUGUUUACAGUCUAUAUUGAAAUAUUGUCAUAAGCGCAACUCUGAUAAAUGUAAGAGUGUCAUGUACAUUCAAGUUGAUUGAGUCAUAAUAAAAUCACAUUAAAACAGGA